UGAAUGAAGAGAGAGAGAGAGCGAGGAGGGGAGGGACCUGCUCGCGCGUGUGUUUUUUCUUUAACUAGUUGACACUGGCAAGAGGAGACGGCAGCAUCCUCCGUCCCGCAUCCCCUCCAGAAUUUUGCGUUAUUCUAUACACAGAUCUUCAUGUGAACGCAAAAGGAUCCGCAUCCUAAAACCAACCUGUUCCAUUGUUUUUUUCACGCGUUUUCUCCAAUGCUUUGACAUCUGGAAUGUGCUGUUUUCUUGCAAGCGUUGUUUCCAUGCCAGCAUGGGAACUGCAGUGUCCAAAAGGAAGAAUCUGAGAAAUGAUGCGAUUUCUUCGGUGGCAGCCAAAGUUAGAGCAGCUCGUGCAUUCGGAGAGUACCUUCACACCCAUCCUGAGAACCGCAACGGAUCAGAUCACUUACUGUCUGACACCCUCGUUGGCCACGACUCUGACUCCCCAGACAGCCUGUGUGCUCAGAACAACAACUUCAACAGCUGCACCCUCCAGGGCUCCGCCGUCAGCGCCGACCCCAGCUUGAUUAACCCCGCCCUGGGCCUUCUGGAACCACCACCUCCGACAGCAGCUUCCUCCAAGAGUCGACUGUCCCUAGAGCGCAGCUUUUCGGCAGAGGAGGAUCAGCAGAAGUGCGUGGAGUGUGCCCUGCAGCCUGCUCGCGUCUACACCAUCACCGGAGAGAGCGGCAUGCUGGGGACCAGCCGGGGAAGCAAGGAGAACCUGGAGCUUGAGGUCUUAAAAGCGGCGCAGGAGGCGUGUAAUGCCCAAGCGCUCGCCCAGCCCUCUACAUCCAACUCGUCCUCUCCGACCCAGCACCACCGCCACCACCAUGGAGCUGCAGGUGGAGGUGGAGGUGGAAGCGGAAGCGCAAGUGGAUCCGGAAACCAUCAUCACAGCAACCACCAUCAUGCCGGCAACCAUCAUCACAGCAACACCAGCGGAGCUGGAAGCAGCGGAACCAGUGGCGGAAGCCACCAUCACCACGGGGUGCACCAUCACCACCUUUCCCAGCCGCUGCAGAGCUCGGUCAGCGCGCACAACAUCCGCGGCUGGGGGGAGGGAAAGGACUGCGGCCUGGCGUGCGAGGCCUGUCCCGGGGUUCCCUCGCGUAGCCAGGGUUCCCUGGAUCUGGAAAGCAGCACCCGAGAGGCAGGCAAGCAGCGCCGGCCACCACUAGAGCGGAUGUGCAGUGUGGACCGCGUGACUGGGCUGGAGCGAGAAGAUAACAGUUGGUUCCCUAAAGAGAACAUGUUCAGCUUUCAGACUGCUACAACGACCAUGCAGGCGAAUUUCCGGAAGCAUUUAAGAAUGGUGGGCAGCAGACGAAUGAAAGCACAAACAUUUGCAGAGCGCAGGGCGAAGAGUUUCAACCGAUCCUGGAGUGAUCCGACCCCUGUCAAACAAGACUCCCUAAACGACUCAAAAGACAGUGGGGAUCUGCAGACGACCUGCGGUACUCCAGAGGAGGGCGGAUGUGAAGACAUGGACUGGGAGGAGGAGAGAGAGAUGGAGAGACUGGCGUGUGAGGGGGAUGACUUCAUCCCUCCUAAAAUUAUGCUGAUCUCAUCUAAAGUUCCUAAAGCAGAAUAUGUUCCCAACAUCAUUCGAAGGGACGAUCCAUCUAUUAUACCCAUACUCUAUGAUCAUGAGCAUGCCACGUUUGAUGAUAUUUUGGAGGAGAUUGAAAAGAGAUUGACAGCCUACAGGAGGGGCUCUAAGAUCUGGCGCAUGCUGAUCUUCUGUCAGGGCGGCCCGGGGCACCUGUAUCUCCUGAAGAAUAAAGUGGCCACUUUUGCCAAGGUCGAAAAAGAGGAAGACAUGAGCCAGUUUUGGAAACGUCUGAGUCGGUUUAUGAGUAAAGUGAAUCCAGAGCCAAACCUGAUCCACAUUAUGGGUUGUUACGUCCUGGGCAAUCCAAAUGGAGAGAAGCUGUUCCAGAAACUGAAGAACCUGAUGAGGCCUUAUUCUGUCACGUUUGAGUCACCGCUGGAGCUCUCCGCUCAGGGCAAAGAGAUGAUUGAGAUGUACUUUGACUUCCGUCUGUUUCGACUUUGGAAAACCCGGCAACACUCAAAACUCCUCGAUUAUGAAGAUCUCUUGUGACCCAGCGCGGGUCAGAGUGUAGCAUUGCGGGCAGGACGUCCCACUGUAAAACUCCAUUCCACCAGCUUUCAUUGUGGAGUACAGGAGGAAGAGGAGUGCAGAUGGACACAGCCUCUUCGUUGCCAUCGCUGCGUCUCAAGUAUUGUUUAUUUCAGCUCACCUCUGUGGACUUCGACCGCCUCUGAACGGUAACACACAAGAAACAAAAAAAAGUGGCAAUGGAGAAAAGAGAAGCCGUUUCUCAGAACUGGUUGACAGUCUGUCAACUGUUUUUGUUUUUAAACUAACAGUUAUCGUUCACUAGCCGAGACCGUUGUGCUUACAAAAGAGUCACGCCGAAACUUACCUACCAGAACACACAAAAAUGGUCCUAUAUGAAAUAACAGCUAAUAUAUCGGUAUACAUACAGGAUAUACAUCUCAUGCGUAUAUAGAGUAGCUAUAGUCAUGCAAAUAAUCUAAAUGUCAAUGGUACACGAUUUACUUUUUCAAUGUUUAUUGUUGUGGUCUUUCUAAUGAACUAUUUUGAAUAACUCAGGUUUUAGGCUUUACGGAUAUAUUAAUUACUCCCCUACUGAGAUGCGUGGAAGUCAUUUAGGUGGAAAGAAUGUACAUUCUGCCGUCAUACUUAUGUGUGAUCAUUUUAGAGGUUUAGGAAUCUUUCGUCACGUUUAUGAGAGUCUCCUCAUUACACAUCAGUUGAAAAACAUAGACCCGCAUUGCAAAACACAAAGUCCCCAAACUGGGAAAUGGUGACGGCCAGUCAUAUAAUAAUAGAAACACUGACCUCAGUAUAGCCAGACAUUUACACCAGGUGCACCUGAAGCGUCAGCAAGAAUAAAGCAUUAUAGGGAGACUUUACAGAAUUGCUAAAAUAAGCGCUUGUGUCAAUGUGUUUAUAACAAUUAGGCUGUUUUCAUGCUUGGUCUGAACCAGUCUUUAAAUGUAGUAUUCGGCUUCAAAUGGCAGUAUAUGUGCGUCUUCAUCAUGUGUCUGCUACCAGUCAAAAGUUUUUGAACUGUAAGAUUUUUAAUGUUUUUUAAAGAAGUCUCUUCUGCUCACCAAGCCUGCAUUUAUUUAAUCCAAAGUACAGCAAAAACAGUAACGUUAUGACAUAUUUUACUAUAUAAAUAACUAUUUUCUAUUUGAAUAUAUUUUAAAAUGUAAUUUAUUCCUGUG